UACCCGCAGCUCGUCAAGCCCGUUGAAAAAUGCAAGGAAGAAAGCAAUAGGAGGGUUUUUUCAAAGAGGAAGAAUCUCCGAGACUCGGACCGAAGAAAAGAAGAAGAAUCGGGUCGGGCAUGUCAGCCGCUCCGAAUUAACUGAAGAAAUCUAAAAUUGGUUGAAGAAGGGAGGAGCCAUGAAAGGUCAGGCGUCGAGUUCCUACAAAGGCGCUGUCAAGUUCAGGAUGCCAACAGCCCAGAAUUUAGUACCGAUUCGCUUGGACCUCGAUGUCGAUGGCCAAAAGUUCAAAGACACUUUCACUUGGAACCCAUCUGACCCUGACUCCGAGAUUGUGGUGUUUGCGAGAAGGACAGCAAAAGACUUGAAGCUUCCUCCGGGUUUCAUUACAGUCAUGGCUUCUGCCAUUCAGUCACAGAUUGCAGACUUUCGGUCGUUGGAAGGCCAAGAUAUGUACCCGGGCGAGAGGAUUGUGCCAAUUAAGCUUGAUCUUCGAGUGAACCAUACUCUUAUUAGGGACCAGUUUUUAUGGGACUUGAACAACUUUGAAAGUGAUCCUGAAGAGUUUGCUAAAACAUUCUGCGCAGAUUUAGGUAUUCAAGAUCCUGAAGUGGGGCCUGCAAUUGCCUUUUCAAUUAGGGAACAACUGUAUGAGAUUGCAGUUCAAAGUGUAGCAUCAGCAAGAGAAAACAGAAUAAGCAAAAAGGGACGCCGAGGGGCUGAGUAUACUCCAGUCAGUAAAGCAGGUAGUACUGGAUUGGACCUGGUGAAGUUAUUCGGUCACAAAUCUAGUGUUGUUCGGAAAAGGAAGGAGUGGGAUGUAUACGAACCCAUUGUUGAUCUUCUAUCUAGCGAGGAAGUGGAUGCCCUUCAAGCAAAAGAAGAAAGGCUUACUCGGACAAUUUGAUCUUUAAAAGGAAGGAGAUGAAGAAGAAGAAGACAGAUUCAUUCAUAUCCAUCAAGUCUUGGUGAUGGUGGUUUUAAAAAGAAGAAGACGAAGGUUGGUGGGUAUUAUUUAUUUACCAGUGUGAAAGUAGUGACGAUCCAAACCCCCAAUAAUGCAUGGACUUUGGAGCCUACCCAUAGCUAAAUUUCCUUGCUUUUGACUCCUGAAUUGGAACCUAUAGGGCCGUACACACAAAUCAACCAAUGCAAAUUUAUAGUCAAUUUGUGUGACCCUUUGUAGGGGCACCGACUUCGAGUCUGAUUGGUCCAGUAAGUGAUCAAAUAUGGGGAACUGCCUGACUGGACAAUUUUGAGGACGGCCUUCUUGUACUGGGACGUACCUUUGUUUAAUAGAUCCAACUGGUACAUUUUCUUUGCUCCACCAGUUUCCUCCAAAAUUUCUGCUUCACUGUUCCUAGCUCCAUUAUUUAUUUUGGACAGAUUAUAAGAUUAAUAACAAAU